GACUGUAUCUACUCUCAGUCGACUAAUUGGCGUUUUCGCAAAAUGCCAUCGCAAAUCGGGCAACUAAUUUUCGAAACCGGUAACCAUCAUCCUCACCACCGCCACUGCCACCACCAGCCGUCGGAAUCCGUACGAGACCGUGAUGGAGUCGCCUGCGAUCGCGACAGAGACUUAUUGGUUCGUGCGUGUCUCGAUCGAUCACGAAUGCCGAAGGCCGGCGUCAUUCGCGCGUGGAAGGUUCCUCGUCAGGCGCCGAAGCGCGGCCCAGUUCCUAUCGUUUUUGUCGGCAAUUGACAUGAUGAACGUCGAUCCAAGGAUGGAUACAGUAACCCGAUCGUACCACUUUAGAUGGGAGAGAGGACAGCCAGAUCCCAGAAAGCAUAACGUGAUGCACAGUGACUUAUAAAAGCCAGGGGAAGCUGGAUAUGGAAGAAUCCCCGAAAAAGUUUGAUCAAUAAUUGGAGCCAUCAUCACAUGCAUUUUCCAUCCGAAUCUUCAUCUUGGCUGCAGUGAAAAAGCAUCUGGUUUUCUUCUUUAGGUACAUGCAUGAAACUUUUAGUAUGUGCUAAUAACAUUAAUUACUGCGGUAUAGAUGUUUGAAUCUCCCAGGACAAGUUCUGCUUAAUAUCUGUUCUAGUUUCGGCUAUAUAUGGUGGAGAAACCUUAUGCAACUGCGAAUUCAUGCCUGUGAUUUUUGCUGGAAUGGCUUUUCAUUCUUGGAGCUCUUUAAUGAUAGUUAUAAGAAAACUGUUCUUUUUCUUCAUGCUGCUAUUGCAAACUCCAAAAUGGAAAGUGGACGUGCAGAGUAUGUGCUGUAAUAAUAAUUGGGAGAGAGUGUUCUCUUGGCAUCAUCAUUUGCUUCCAGGCUUUGCAUUUAUGCAAAUAAAUUCUCAAUGAUAGCGUGGGUUUAUAUAUGGGGUUCAGCCACUUUGUGGCUUUGGGGAAUAUUUUUUCGUUAGGAAAUUAUAUAGAGGGAGCAUUAAAAUAUUGUUGAAGCU